GAUUCCUAAUGGAUAUUGUAGUAUCCGACCCGAAUCCGAUCCGUUUGCACCCCUACUGUUUCACUGAUACAUGCACUCACUCAAAAUUUGUGAAACCUUAUAAAUUGCUUAUCAGUUAUUACUGAUUUUAAUAGUGUUGGCCUACAAUUUUGGGGUUGUUUGCUUGAUAGGAAAUUACAACGCUUUAUUGUUGUUGUUGCUGUUGUUGUUUAUCUGAAAAUUACAGUUGCAGUUAACUAAAAUCUUUUUUUGCAACUGUACGGGCAUCUCAAUCAUGAUACUCCUUUGAUUUGAACUCACCCCUAAUUGAUUUGGUAAGGUAGCAAACUGUUGAAGCCAAUUGUUAGGGAUGGGGAUUUACAUGGAUCUUCGAGGACUUGAACCAAAGCCAACCCGUUUCACCUGAAUUUGAUUCAGUACAUGAGCUGUUUCAAGAUUUAUGCUUUUAUAAUCUAAGCCCAAUUGCUUUGGCAGGGUAGCUGAGCUGCAGUCACUUGUAAUUAGGGGUUUAAAUGUCCGAAACGAUCUUAAACGAGUUGGUCCAUUGCUCAAGGCUAUUCAUCAUACACUGAAUUUGCAAUGAAAAUAUAUUUUCCAAAAUAAUUUUGUAAUGAUUAAAAUAAUGGAUUUGAAGUAGAUUUUGUAGGAAAUGCUAGCAUUUGCUACCCUUUCUUUUUGCAGCAAACCAAACGAUCCCUAAAUUGUUUAGAUGUCCAGUCUUUGUUGCUGGAACUCUCCAACGAGGUGAUGAUGAUUUGCUGCCAAUCACCUCAAUGGUUUUGGUUAUUGGUUAACAUGUUAGCCUCAAGUCCCCAUAAAAUUUGAGGGUCUAAUAAGCAAUUUCAAUGAUUUGAGGGACUAAUAUGGAAUUUUUGAAGAUUUGGGUGACUAAUAUCUAAAAAACCCUUUUUAGUUAUAUUUGUAAAAGUAAUUUGAUAAAAAAGGGAUGAUGAUGAUGAUGAAGGAUUUGUAGUGUUAAAGUUGUUUUUUUUCAAUCCUCUCGAUUAGCAUUUUUCUUAUGAAUUUCUUCUGUAUCUUUCUUUCACUACUAUGGCGAGUCAACACUGGAGGUCAGCUAUAUGCUAGGCAGCCGUUGCAGCCAUUCCUAGAACUUCACAUAAUGGGCGAGGAAUUUUGUCGAGGAUUGGCCCAAAGCGUGGGAGUUGAUGAUUUGGGUGCUGGGGAAUGAGAAAAGGUUUGACUUGGCUUGGAGUCUGGUGCGUAGGAUGCAUAGGAACUAGGAAGUCGUUGCUGACCGCGGAGAAUAUGGUGGUUUUGAUGAACAUGAAUUCCAACCCACGGAGAAAGGGGGUAUGUUCUAUGAAUUUCAGCACAACACGAGGUUGGUGAAACCAAUUAUUCUUCACUUUCAGAUUGAUGGAUCAUAUCUUCUAUGUUCGCAACUGAGGAAUUUGGCCUGGCUUCCAUCAAAGCAUGAUGUUUACAUCAUGUCACAUUAUUCUGUCAUGCAUUGGUCAGCCUUAACAAGGAAAGCAUUUUGGAAAGAACUAGAGAAUGAGAAUCCUACAUUCUUCAGGCUUUACAAUAUGUUGAUUGUGAUCAAGAAACAGAUUGAAAAAUACAAUGAGCUCCUCGUGCAUCAGAAAAAUGCCAUGAAUCAGAGAAAUUCUAAUGGUGAUCCAUCACGCAUCAUAACAGCAAAUGUUAGCAACCAAGAUUUACCCAAUGGAGUUCCUUCUGUACCUGUACCUAAUGGUGAGCAAAUAGGUCUGGUUAUUUUCGUAAUUGCAAUUUCUUUAUUCCUAUUUUUUUGUGUUUAUUCUUUGUUUCUAAAAUAAUAUAAUUUUUGAAAAGCAACACAUUGGCUUAUUAUCCUAGCCAACCAGUAAUAAUUAUGCAUUUCAUUUUCUAUAUUUUCUGAUCAAGCCUGAAGCUAUUUCCAAUUCAUUGCAUAUUUGCAUCUGAAGUUCAUCAUUGCUUUAAUUUUGUAAAAUCUCAUGAAUUUUGCACGUAGCACAUCGGCCUACGUUAGCAACCUAAAAUUUUUCAGUGGAGUUCCUUGUAUAUCUCUUCCUAAUUGUGAUCCAACAUGUAUAAUUAUCUUUUGCACUCUUGGAUAUCUUCUUUCUAUUUUUGUGAAUUUCUCAUAUUAAUUAAUUGUACCAUAC